CCACCCAGACGUCACUCUGUGUGUCUUUUACGGAUGGUUUCAAAGGGUGUGAAACUCAAAGGCCCGACGUGCGGUCAGACUCUCAGCAGGUGGGUCUCUCCGCGGGGUUCCUCCGUGACGCUGCUCCCCGUCCCGAAAUGAGAGCGGCCUUGCAGCGAAGACUCUGGUGGUUUCAGGGGCUGGUCGUCGCCAUGGUGGUCGCGGUGCUGGUGUGGAUGAACAGUCCUAAUCUACCUAGGCUCCACUGGCCCCCAGCUGCUUGGAGCCCACCUGGACAGAGCCCACCUGGUCGACCUGGUCAGACCCCACCUGGUCCACCUGGUCAGACCCCACCUGGUCCACCUGGUCAGACCCCACCUGGUCCUGGUCAGACCCCACCUGGUCCUGGUCAGACCCCACCUGGUCCUGGUCAGAACCCACCUGGUCCACCUGGACAGACCCCACCUGGACCACCUGGUCAGACCCCACCUGGUCAGACCCCACCUGGUCCUGGUCAGACCCCACCUGGACCACCUCAAGCCAGCCGAUGCCUCCAGCCAGACGCCGGGAGAGAGAAGGCGCCCCUGGUGGCCGUCAGCGGAACAAACACCCUGCUCAUCUCGGCCUACCUCGACCUCCGAGGCCGCCCAGAGGCCAGUCAACGUCAAAUACUACAAAAUACAACACUCAAAUACUGCAGUACUACACUCUGAUACUGCAGUACUACA